AUGGAUUUAUCUAUAUAUUUAAAAGAAGAUAAAAACGGUAAAAUUAUUUCAGAUCCAACAGCCAUCCGUCAGUGUAAAACAUUAAUUGGUUUCAUUGGUGCUCCUGGAGCUGGUAAAUCAACUAUUUGUAAUAUCAUUCUCUACAUUCUCUAUGGAAUCAAAGCUGAGUACUUCCCAAUAUCAAAACCUGAUUUAUCAUUCGAUUCAGAAUCUUUUACCAAAGGUGCAAUGGUGAUGUCAGAAUCAACAAGAUCAAGAAUCUCUGGAAAUCAAGUCAAUUUAGAACCAAUCGAUAUGGAAGGUUUCGAAAUCAAAGAAGAACAUUGUUGGGCCAUGAAUAUGGUGAUGUCUACUUUAUGUCCCGUUAUGAUGUUCUGUUGUAGAGAAACAAGAGCAAACUUUUUGUAUGAUGCUCUGAAAGUUUUCAAGAAAGGAUUGGUAGCAACCAAACAAUUUGGAUUGAAACCAAUUACCAAACAGAUCUUCAUUAUGACAAAUUUCAAACCAGAUAUUGUCAUUAAAUGUGUCAAUGAAUGCAAAGAAAUACUUCAAGAUGAUAGUAUUGAAAUCAUUCCAUUCAAAUUCCCAACUAUGCCAAUGGAAGAUGAAUCUACAUCAAUGGAUGUUAUUUUACAUCCAAGAUUGGUUGAAGCAAUUAAAGUUGGAGUUUUAGAUAAGAUAUCAAUCUCCAACCAACUUCAAUCUGCUUCAUCUUUUUCAGAUUCUGUCAAGGAUUUGUUGGAAGCAUUCAACUCUGGAAAUCAUAUCAAAACUGGUGAAGUUGUCAAGAAAUAUUUCUUGGAUGAUUGUAAGAGAAUGAUCGAACUUGAAAAGUGCAAAAAGAGAAUUGAAUUACAAACAAUAGCAUCAUCAAGAAGUCUAACAUCUGUAGACACAACUUUGGAUCAAUUCAUUGGAAGUAAAACAUUUUCUUUUACAAUUAAUUUUGAAUCAUCAUCAUUUUACAAUGAAAGAUGUUUUGAAUAUUACAAAGAAUCAUACCCAAGUGGACUGUUCAUUUCAUCUGAAGAAAUCCACUCUAUCUUUACACCCUUUUAUAUAUCAAAAAUGGAAGAAUUGAAAGAGAAGAUCGAAAUAUCAAAGAGAAAUGAAAAGAAACUUGAAUUUUUUCAACUAUUGCGAAAUGAAAUCGAAAAUGCUGAAGUGAAAGUUCAAACUGAAAUUUCUACUUUGAAAUAUGGUCAAUUCCUUAAAAGUUGGGAGUAUUAUGUCAACUAUGGUUUUUUUCAACAGAUUGGAAAAGAAAUUUAUGAAUUCCCAAACUUUUCUCCAUUUCAAAGAUUUGUUGAAAAUAAACAACAAUAUAUUAAAAUGAAAUGGAAUCUUCAACUAUCAAAUGCCAAAUGGAUGAAACCUGUAAUGUCUUGUUGA